GUGGGUCCACACCCCAGCUCCAGGAUGUGGCGGUCCUUGGCCCCUCUGUGCUUCCUGCUGGUGCUGACCAGUGCCUACAACGCACCGUGGUUCCACCCGCUGUCGGACGAGCUGGUCAACUACAUCAACAAGCAGAACACGACGUGGCAGGCUGGACACAACUUCCACAACGCAGACAUGAGCUACGUGAAGAGGCUGUGCGGCACCUACCUGGGUGGGCCCAGGCUGCCGCAGAGAGUUCAGUUUGCUGAGGACAUGGACCUACCCGAGAGCUUCGAUGCCCGGGAACAGUGGCCCAACUGCCCAACCAUCAAAGAGAUCAGAGACCAGGGCUCCUGCGGCUCCUGCUGGGCGUUCGGGGCUGUGGGAGCCAUGUCCGACCGGGUCUGCAUCCACACCAACGGGCGCGUCAAUGUGGAGGUGUCUGCGGAGGACCUGCUCAGCUGCUGCGGCCUGGCGUGUGGAGAUGGCUGUAAUGGUGGCUAUCCCUCUGCAGCUUGGAAAUACUGGACAAAAAAAGGCCUGGUUUCCGGUGGCCUGUAUGACUCCCACGUGGGCUGCAGACCCUACUCCAUCCCUCCCUGCGAGCACCACGUGAAUGGUACCCGGCCCCAGUGCACAGGGGAGGGCGGCGACACCCCCAAGUGCAGCAAGGCCUGCGAGCCCGGCUACUCCCCGUCCUACACGGAAGACAAGCACUUCGGGUAUGAUUCCUACAGUGUCUCCAGUAACGAGAAGGAGAUCAUGGCGGAGAUCUACAAAAAUGGCCCAGUGGAGGGCGCCUUCACCGUGUUCUCAGACUUCCUGAUGUACAAGACAGGCGUGUACAAGCAUGUAGCUGGAGAGAUGCUGGGAGGCCAUGCCAUCCGCAUCCUGGGCUGGGGGAAGGAGAACAACGUCCCCUACUGGCUGGUGGGCAACUCCUGGAACGUGGACUGGGGAGACAGUGGCUUCUUUAAAAUCAUCCGAGGAGAGGAUCACUGUGGAAUCGAGUCUGAAAUCGUGGCCGGAAUCCCGCGCACUGACCAAUACUGGGGGAGGUUCUAAUCUGCCGGCCGGGCUGGCCUGGGGCGAGACGGGCAGGAACGCCUUUAUUCUUGGGAUUCACGUGGGGCACAGAAGGUGUUUGGUGGGGCCUGCAGGCCUGGCUGGGUCACCCACACCUUCCUACACAGCUGUCUUCUGAGGAGACCACCCAGGCCCCCAACCUGCGUGUGGACGAUGGCCACCGCGUCCUCCCCUGUAGCCUCUGCCUGCCGCCCCUCCCACCCUGACCCGAGCUUCUCCAGCGGCAACAGACACGGGUGCCUCAGCGCGGGUUUUCCAGAGGAGCAAGCACAGCCUCCUGGCAGCAGGGCGGAGCCCACCGGCAGCCCCCCGAGAAGGUAGCCCCUCGAUGGGCUGGUGGCAGCCCUGGAGACAGCGCCCUCCCGUGUCGCAAGCCCUCUCUGGCUGGCCUCGGCCUUGGCUGAUCCUUUUUUAAUCGAAGUUUUACUCUGUGCACCUCAGCUGAUCAUGUGAAUGAACAAGUUGAACAGUUGUAGAAGCGGCACUAGUUUCCCGGCCCCUCCUGAUCGUGUGGCCUAAACUGGGUCACGUGGGCAGGACUCGCUGGCAGACCUGCUGACCUCAACUACCACGGUGAAACUAGCUUUUACUGUGUAAAACAAAAAUCAGUGCUUCCCUCUGACAGUUUAACAAGGAACAGUUGUCAAUAAAAGGUCUCCUCUCA